UUCUAUACAUACACCUACUACCUACUAUACUAGCUUCUACUAUACCUACUAUACUAACUUCUACUAUACCUACUAUACUAACUUCUACUAUACCUACUAUAAAACUUCUACUAUACCUACUAUACCUAUACUACUAUACCUAUGUUACUGUACUACUAUACCUAUACUAUAAGUAUACUAUACCUAUACUAUACCUACACUAUACCUAUACUACUACACCAUUUGAUAGUACCCCGUUUGCACCAUUUGUACACCGUUGAUACCCUUUGUUAUUCGAUGGUCCAUGACAGUAUGAUAGCCGUUUGUAGGGUUUGUAGUACACCGUUGAUAACAGAUAAGAACCCAGUUCGCAGACCGUUUACCCAUUACCAACUACUCAUACUACCCUACUCAUCUACUUGUGUUCUAUCCCACGUAACUGACAGAACAAUGAGCAAUGAGGGUGGCUGGUUGUUUUGCGAAACGGCCACUAAUUUGAGUAUUGAUUAAUUUCGUGAACUUUGACUAAGUUCAUCAACGAUUGGUGAUUAAGCUUAAUUGGUACCUGAUCAACUGGAUAAGCAUAAGUUACGUUCACUUACUAUCUUAUAUAUACUCGUAUUGAUACUUCUAC